ACGUUAGCCAUGUCAGCGUCUGUGUGAUGAAAGAUAAUAUUUGAGAGAGGGCCUACACUCUUUAACUAAAAAUAAUUGUAUUACUUUGUGUUGUGUUGUUAUCAAGUGAAUUUUUUUUUUGAUUUACUGCGAGCCAAAAGUAGAUCAACUGAUAUAGGAAAUUUUGUUUUCUUUUCGGACGGGAAAAAUGGAAAAAGAAGUGUUGAUAAAAUAUGAAAGUGGAAAUGAGGAUGAUGAAAUCAAGGGACUUUGCAAGUUGUGGUUGAAAAAUUUACACAAUUUUGACGAGCGUAAAUUAGGGCAGCAUGUAGUCACACUGGUCAAUGACAUUUCUAAAUAUAUCUUCGACUCCUCUUCAGAUUCCCAGAAAUAUUCAAAUUAUGGCGCAAAAUUCAUUGAACUUAUGAAAUCAAAUAAUAAUCAGACUGAUGCAAUAAUUGAUGUUUAUUGGAUUCACAAACAUACAUUCUCAAAUCUCAAGUUAAACGAUGACAUCGGAAUGUACGAGAAAUAUUUUUAUGAGUUAAUUUUAGAUACAUCAACAAAAUCAGCUGAUGAGAAAUGUUCACAUGAUGAUGUAAAAAUUAUAGAUGCCGGCUUAAUAGGAGAUGUUUUGACUCAGGAAUAUUUAGCUACACGUUAUGUGAUGAAAAAUUUACAAAAUACAGCCGGCGUAUUAAAUUACAUUCUGGUUGAUGGGAAGUAUAGAAAUAUAAGAAACUUUUUGGAUUCCAUUUUGAAACAUGAAGACAUUCCCGUUGAUGAAUUUGAUGAGCUAAUUGAAGAGUUUGGGAAGUCAGCAAUAAGUCUGCAUAAUUGUAUUUCUGAAAAUCAAAUAUUCCUUCUCUCAUUCCUUCUUACGAAUGUCAUCAACAGAUUAGAUCCAAAAACUCUAAAGCACAUACUUAACUCAAAAGAUUCCAAUGGCAACACUCUUUUUCAAAUAGCAUGCGAGAAGAGAAUUAAGUUUGUGAUUGAAGAGUUGUGGAUUUUAAUACAAAAGGCAUAUGAGACGGAUGAGAAGCUAAUUGAGAAGUAUUUACUUAAUAAAAAUAACAACGAUAAAAAUGCUUUCAUGCAGGCAUUUGAAAUGCCCACAAAAUAUACAAAUAUUGACUAUGCGAAUGAGAUUAAGAGCCGUACAAGUUUACAGCAUUAUUAUAAAAAUCCCGGACUAUUGGAACUUGAGAUGUACAACUUUGAAAGUUCAUUAAAUCUGCUGUUGGAUAUAGCUAGGAAGAAUAUUUCAGAUAAAUGUAAGAAGUCAUUAAUUGUGAGUUUUAGCCGUAAAGCUGAAAGAUGUCAUGAUACAUAUUCAUACAGCAAAAACUUCCAAGAGUUUCGUUAUGAUUUCUUGCAACUUCGAUUCUAUUGCAUUACAAGAAUCAGCUCAAUUAAUACCGGAAACAUUAGUGCAGUCACACAAAUUUAUCAAUUUUUGAGCCGAUAUAUUGAUCAAUUCAUGUAUGAUCAAGGUGAUAAUGAGGAAGUCAUCAUCACUUUGUACCAAAAAUUAUCAUUCGACACAUUCCUUGGUGAUUUCUUUAAAGUUUUCAUUCUUAACAAUUUUUCACAAGCACUGGCUAAAAUUAAGACUGUUGAAAGUCUCGAAAAGCUCAUUGACAUUGCCAAGAAAACUCUUGGAACUAAAGAUUAUCAUAAGAUUAUUACAAAAUCUGGUGGUGAUGGAAAUAACGCAUUACAGACUGUAAUUUUUGGAAGAAAUGUUGACAUGUUUAGAGUCAUCUGGUCCUCAUUUGAUUAUGGUCAUAAAGCUAUUGCUAAUUGGAUUAUUGGAAUGAAUCUUGACAAAGUAAAUUCACUGUACAUUGUGAUCUAUAGCCACCAAAUUGAGAUGCUACAAAUAAUGCUAGAAUACUUUUCAAUAAGCUUAGAAGAAGAGCAGAUCUUGUUUAUUUUUGACAACACUCGAAAGACAAACUACAAAUUCAUAGACAUUGCUGUUCUUUUCUAUGAUCAAAAGAUCUUCGAUUUGAUCAUGGAUUUCCUUCAGCGUCAUUUAUCAGCUUCCAAUUUAAAGGAAUUAGUUGGUAAUGGUAUCAUCUCACAAGCAGUUACCAAAUGGCAGGAGAGUGCAUUGCCUAAGGUUCUUAACUUCAUUGAAAGUAUUUUUGAUGAGAAUGAGAUCAAGGAUAUGCUUUUUAAUAAGAAUUGGGAGGGUCAGACAGCUUUUCAUGUGGCAUCAAAGAAUCGAAACUUGACUCAACUUCAGCAGCUCUGCAAAUUCGCUCAUUACUAUUUAUCUAAGAAAGACUUUAUUGAUGUUAUUAAGGCUAAGGAUAAUAGCGAAUAUUCAUUACUCGCAAGCGAUCUAAUUCCUGACGAUGUCAUCUUCAAUGAACUUCCAAAGCUGUCUAAUUUCCAUUCAACAUAUCCUGUCUACGAAUGGGUUCCGAUACUUAAUCUUGAAUUUCCUCAAAAUGCCGUAUCUAUCGGAAAUGAUAACGACGGUAAUGGAUUAUUUAUCGCAAAAGUGUAUGAAAACAAUGAAGAUAGCAAUGAGUUUGAAGUUGUGGCGCUAUCAAAAAGUUCGCAAAUAAAUUUUGAUAACACGUUUGUUGAUGUAUUAAAUGGAAGAGGAUUAGCGUGGCUCUCAAAAAGUAGUGACAGCAUAACAGCAAUUAAAAUCGAGUCUAAUGAACCUUCAUAUAUUGCAAAACUUGACAACGAAAUUAAAUUAAUCAGCAUCCACACCACAGAAGAUUAUAAAAUUUUAUGCACAAAUGAUCAAAAACUCUUAGAUAUUGAUGAUAAUCAGUACAUAUUUACAAAAGUUAAUUAAAAUCAAAAACAAACAUGUGCUUGAGAAAAAAACGGUCACAAAACAAUUUCAAAAAAUAAACGAUCAAAAUAAUUUUGAAAAAAUCAUCAAAAAUCUAGAUGUGUUUUUAAAAAUUCUAUUUCGGUUGUGAUGAGUGCG